AUGUUUCGAAUAUUGCUUAUUUGUAUCACGUAUGUUAAUCAUUAUUUGGUUGAAAGUACUGUGAUUGAUUAUCCUUUCAAUGAGCAUAUCGAAGAACGUAUAAGAAAAGAUUUCGAUUCAAUCGAUUCAAUCUUUCGAUAUUAUAUCAUUCCGCGUGAAAUUCAGUUUCAUAUAAAUGCAAUUAAACAUGGUUUACCGUAUUUUUUACGAUGCAAAGGGUCACAUAAAUCAAUUAAUUUUACUGUUCCGGUAUCUGCAAUUGAAGAAUUAUCUUUCACUACUGAUGAUAAAACUCAUACAAUCACUGCUAAAUUAGAAAGAAAUCAACUCAAUACAAAUCUUGUUGGUCGUUAUACAUGUUCAGAAAUAAUUAAUGGUAGAAAACAUGAAACAACUGUUCAUGUAUUUAUUCAAGAUGAGCGUUCUGUAUUUACUAAAAGACUUUAUCCAAAAAUAUUUAAACAAACGGGUAUUCAUUUUUUUAAUUUACCAUGUCAAACUACUAAUUGGUAUUCAAGCAUGUCAUGUCCAAUAUCAUCCAAUGGGAAACAAUGUAAGGUACGUCAAUGUAAUUUACAAGAACGUAAAAUAAAUGAAGUUAAAUGUAAUAUACCUAUAUGUAAUGGACAAGAACGAUGUAUUCCAGUUUAUUAUACACCAUCAGAUUUAAUAAGAGAGAAAGUUUUUUUUGAUCCACAAAUUGGUUUUGCACUUGAAAAUCCAACAAUACCGGAUACAUUGACUUAUUUUACUUGUGUGAAUAAUUAUACCCCAAAUGAAGAAUCCAAAAUUCCAUUUGAUUCAUUAAGUCGUAUAACUGAUCAUGUACAAAUUCAUCAAUCAAAUUUAAGGGUUACGAGUGAUGAAAUCUUAAAAUUAACUUGUGAAAUUCGAUAUGAACAAAAUCUAUAUCAAAAAUCGCCAACACUUUUUUGGUUCGAAGAUAUUUAUAAUCUUAAUUUAAUCUCCAAUCAAACAGAAAAACCAGUGUUCGAUAGUAAAACACUAGUAUAUAGUCGAAAUAGUUCAAUAGUACUAGGUGGUUUUAAACCAAAUAAAAAUUAUCGAUUUUAUUGUGUACGUGUAUCUGACCAUGGACUUUAUUCACAUUCUAUUGUUAUCACUUGUGUUGAUGCACCUUCACUUAAUCUUAACAUCGAUUUAAGUGAAUCAAAUACUGGUAACGAAAUUUCCUAUGGUGCAAAUGCUAUUUAUGAUAUAACUAUGAUUACGAUUCCACGUUCGCCUGUUGUAUUCGAAAUAUCACGUAAUGGAAUGUCAUUAGCAAAUGAUAAACGAUUUGAAAUAUUACCUAUAAUAAAUAUAGAAAAUCAAUACUUCGAAUAUAGAUUAACUAUUUAUAAUGUCACAUUUGAUGAUGAAACAGAUUUAAAUGUUACUGUUAGUUCAUCAAAAUUAAAAAAGACAGAAACUAUUAAACCAAAUAUAAUCGGUAAUCCUAUUGGUCAAUUCUCAUUUAUUCCUGAACAAAUACCAUUUUCAAUUCCGUGGCGUAAUGAAAAUAAAUUAAAUAUUUAUUCUUAUGGUAUCUUUCCAAAUGAAUCCUAUCGUAUGGUUUGUACUAUUCGUCAUCGUUCCGAUAUAAAACGACCAUUAAAUAUAUUUAUUCAAUAUUCUAAAUGUUUAAUUGAUAAUUGUCUAUCGAGUCUAAUCUAUGAUACAUGUCAAAUAUCAUCAAAUAAAAAUUUAAUCAGUAGUACAUCAAAUCAUAUAAAUAAUUAUCAAACACAAUUCAUAAGUAGUAACUCUCAUACACUUGAUAAUCCAUCCAUCGGCCAUAAUUAUUUAUGUUGUUAUAAACAAAAUGGUUUAGUUAGUGUUGCUAAAGCAAUAACAGUUUUAUCACAUAAUCGUCAUAUGUUUCAUAUCAAUAGACCAGAAUUUAGUUUAGUUACAGGUGAUGUUGUAGCAUAUCGUUGUGAUAGUCAUGAUUUAAUUUAUAAUGAUCUUCAAAUGAUUUAUCAUGAUGGUUUAUUAACAUAUGAAAGAAGUCAUUUUGACCAUGAAUGGCAUCUUAAAGGAACUAAUCAAAUCAAACAAGUUGAUAUUAAUUGGAAUGCAAAAAUGAAUGAAUAUAUUCGAAGUACAGCAAUUGAAAUAAAAACAUCACAAUUAGGAAUAAAUGAUAAUAAUAAAUAUUUUCAAUGUAUUGGUCUAUCUAAACAACCAAAUUUUAUUUCGAAUGGAGAUGAUACGUAUAUUAUCGAUGUAGAUGAUCCGGCACCAUUACAAUUCAAAAAUAAUUUACAAACAGUAUCUCAAUUAGAUCGAAAAUUGGGUGAUAAUGUUGAAUUUGAUUGUAAAUUUAAUGGAAGACCAAAACCAAAAAUAAUUUGGUUAAAAGGCAUAUUGCCACUAGAUGUUCAUGAUUUGACAUUACAAUUUGGAGAUAACAAUGAAAGUAUAUCAAUUACACAUGUUCAAACCGCUGAUACUGGUUAUUAUACAUGUAUGUUAAAUAAUGGUCGUGAUUUAAUGCUUGAACGAAGUUUUAAUUUACGUGUACAAAGUACUAAUGCACCCAAUGCGAAAUUAGGUCGUUUAGCAAUUAUAUUGAUUAUUAUAUGUAUUUUAAUUCUUCUUCUUAUGCUUAUUUUAUUAAUAAUUCUUUCUAUAAAAUAUUUUCAAAUCAAACAAAAAGUUAAUGCAAGUAUUUUUCAUGAACAACAACCCAUUGGUCCAGAAGAUAAAUCUCAACCAGCAAUAAGUCAAUUAAGUCAAAUUCCAUUACCAGAUAAUUUUGCUUCAACACAACAAAUUCGUACGUUUCUUAGUUAUGUUAGUGGUGAUCAUUUACCAUUAGCAAAAGAUGAUUUUAAGGAACUAGGUCGUGGCCAAUUCGGUGUUGUUUAUCAAGUACGUUUACUAGAAGUUGGUCUUGUUGCAGCUAAAGUUUUACCUGAAACGAUUCGUCCAAUAAAAUAUCGUCGAAAAAAACGAAAAAAAAUUCAUCAUUAUUUUCAAGAAAAUGAAGAAAUGAUAUCAAAACAUGAAAUACAAAAGAAAAAUAAUUCUAAAAUGUUGAUUGAAGAAAUAAAACUUAUGCAUAAAGCUGGUAAACAUAUAAAUAUUGUUGCAUUAAAAAAAGUUGCUUAUCCUGAAACAAAAUUAAAAUUUUUAUUUAUUGGUGAACCUAUUCGAGAUGAAGAUUCGUUUUAUUUAAUGGAACUAUGUUCGAAUGGUUCACUUGAAUCUAUGCUUAAAUAUUUCCUUCAAUCAUCAUUAAAUUCAACACAUAAAAAAUUAUCAUUAUAUGAAACACUUUCAAAACAAAAAGAACCAGGAAUGACAAUUCAACAAGCAUAUGAACAAUGUAUUUUAACAGAUGAUGAUUUAAAAUUAGCUGCUUAUCAAGUUGCUUGUGGUAUUGAUUAUUUAAAUCAAAAACAAAUAAUUCAUUGUGAUAUUGCACCAAGAAAUGUCUUAGUUAAUUCAAGAUUUAUUAUGAAAAUAUGUGAUUUUGGUUUAGCUACGUGGACAACUUAUAAAAAUUAUCGUGAACAACUUGUACAAAAUGAAAGUGUACUAUUUCAAGAGAAGAAUAAUGAAAUUGUAACACAUAAUUUAACACCAGAACUUGCUAGAGCUUUUCUACGUGUAUUAAGUCUUGAUGAGCGAUUAUUAUUGAAUAAAUCAUCAAUGAAAUCUAAUGUAUGGUCCUUUGGAAUAUUUCUUUGGGAACUAUUUCUUAAAUGUCGAAUUCGACCCUUUAAUAACUUAAUGAAAGAAAUACGAAAUAGAUCUGAUGAAGAAAACUUUUUUCAUAAACUUGCUCGCAUUAUCAGUGAAGAUCAUGUUCUUCAAUAUAUUGAUUAUCAACCAGAAAUACCUCGAAAUAUUUACGUAAUUAUUCGUGAAUGUCUUGUUGAAGAAAAUCGUCGACCAGAAAUGAUACGAAUUCGUGCUCUUUUAUGUCAUUCAAAAAUGUUAUCAAAACAAGCUUUUGAAUAUUAUCGAUUAGAAUACAAUCAAUAUCAAGAAGAAAAUGCAAUAGAUGAAAAUGUUAAACCAUUUGAUGAAGAUCAAGGCACUAGUGAUCUUUCCUCAUUUUAUGUUGAUAAUGUAACUGAUGGUAAUAGUAUCUCACGAAAUCAUCAUAGUAAUAAUGAUCCUAUUUUUCGUCCAACAGCAAAUGUUGAUGAGUAUCAAUCAACAAUAGAUUAUUCUCAACAAGAAAGAUAUUUAUGGUUUACACCUGCCCAUAAUAAUCAACAAACAGAUACUGAUAUUAAUGAAUCACAUAUUCCUCAGAUUCAUAUAAAAAUGAGGUAUCAUCCAGAGCAGGAUCGCUCUCAUCGUCAUAUAUAA